AUGUCACCUAAAGUUACUAUUGAAUUAAAUCCACCCGUAAAUGGAAGUUAUUAUACGGACUAUGAGGAAAUCGCAGGUCGAGUAGUGCUUUCACUUUCCCGCCCAGCUUCCGUAAAAAGGUUGAAUGUGUCUUUACGUGGGUUAUCUCAAACAAGAACUAUUUUAGGUACUGAUGGAAGAUAUCAGUACACUCAGUCUGCGGCUGGAGGUGGUACUAUUUAUGACGGAGAUCAUUCCACACAUGUUGUAUAUCACCGGGAGGUGCAGCUUUUCCCUCCGACGGGAAAGAUAGAUGACAGUGACGACGAUGGGGUUUCACUCGCUAAAGGUUCAUAUGGCUAUGAUUUUGCUUUCAAAUUAUUGGGAAGUCCUGACUGCGUGCAGAAAAGAAACUGUAAGGGAGAGUCUCUUCGAGACGAGCAGCCUAAGGCUAGCUUGUGCCAGCUUCCCCCAAGUUUUAAUGACAAAAAUGAUGGGAAAGCGGUUGAUAGAGCAGAGCUUGUAUACUACGCGCUAGGUCGUGUGAGGUACAAAGUCAACGCCCAACUAGAAAUGGGUGGGGACCGCAAACUAUUCGGGACCUCGAAGAAGAACGUAACGGCGUCAAGCUUAAUUAGCUUUAUGCCUAACGUUUGCAGACAGCAGCCGCAGGACGACACUGUGGGUCCCGAGUUUCGGUUUCAGUCGUUGGACAGCGUGAAGUUAGCGCACGGACUACACAUGAACUUCUAUGUCAUAUCCGCAAAACCGCUAACAGUACAUCGUAUGGACUAUUUGUUCAGACGUGGCUGCGGGAAGUUUGAUGACAUGUACCUCAUGUUUGACAAGAGUCCCGCUGCUCACUCGCUAAAAGCUAAAAGGUUGCAGUUAUUUUUGAAUGAAGAGACAACUUACGCUGUCGGCAAGCGGAGUGAUCGCAAUGACUCUUCAUUGUUGUUGAUGAGCACAGAUUUGAAUCAGGAAAUACCACUAGGAGAGGACCAUGUAUUGCGCAUGGACCUAAGCAAAAAUAGCGCUCUAAACAGACUUCGCUUCAACGAAGAAGACUACGUGCACAGAGGAAAUAGAUUAUACAGUUUCAACUCCUGCAACAUCAGCAGGGAAUUUGAGUUCAAGCUUGUUAUACACUGGGUCGUCGAUGGCAAGCGCUCAUGCAAGUCAGAGGUUGCCAUUCCAGUUACUGUGUUAGUAGACGAUCUCUGGGCUAACAGCCUGCCUCCGCCUUAUGAAUAA